UUUUUAUCUUAAGUAUUUACAUACACAUUUUUCGAUUUCAUCAUUCAUUUGCAUAUGCAAAUAAGCACAUUUAUUUAACUCAAAACAGUAAAAACCUUCACUUCUAUAAGUUGAAACAUGAAGUUUAUAAGAGAAUGUGUCAGGUAUUGGGGGCAGAUUACUGUAAUCUGGUGAAAAAAGAAAAAAACAUGACUUGUAAAGACAGUAAUAGCAAGUAGAUGGCUGCAGUGUUCUAUGCAGCCACCUACUGUGUAGUAAUUCUAAAUGUUAUCACAAGUUAUGCAUUUAGAUAGAUAUUUAGACAUUAUUAAACUAUUAUUUGUGGAGAUUUAGCAUUUUUGUGCUUUUUAACUGUUUUGAGGUGUCAGUUUUUGCAAUAAUGUCACAUUAUGCUUACAGUCAAACCUGACCUGGUGUUACAAAGAGAAGACAUAAAUGAUUGGUAACAAAAUAAUUAGUUUAUUGUUACUAAACAUCAAAAUGUAGUAAAUUAAAUGAAUAGUAAUGUCAAGAAAAUUAACAGUUAUAAACAGAAAUGAACGGCAAAGGACUGUGAAAAUUCUAUUAGUGCAUAAAAGAGAAGACUCAGACUUUGUUCUUUGUUCUCUGAAUGCGUGCGUGAGUGUAUGUGGGUAUGUGUGAUUGUAUGUGGGUAUGUGGGCGUGCAUGUGUGUGAGUGUGUGUGUGUCCAUGUAUUACCUACAUUGUAGAGACCACAUGUCCCCACAAGGAUAGUAAAACCUGACAUUUCUGACAUUGUGCGGACAAUCAGUCGGUCCCCAUGAGGAAAAGAGCUUAUAAAUCAUGCUAAAUGAUGUUUUUUGAAAAUGUAAAAAUGCAGAAAGUUUUCUGUGAGAGUUAAGGUUAGGGGAUAGAAUAUAAAGUAUGUACAGUAUAAAAACCAUUAUGUCAAUGGAGAAUCCUCAUAAAACAUGAAAACCCAACAUGUGUGUGUGUGUGUGUUUGUGUGUGUUGUGUUCUGCGUUCUGUGUUAGUCUCUCCCAUUUAUUUCUGUGUGUGAGUGAGUGUGUGUGCUGCAUUGUGGGUGUGUUAUGGUCUUACCCCCUCAUCAUGUGUGUAUUCUGCAUUGUGGAUUUAUAGAUUUUAUUUCACAAAAAUGCUCCAGAAAAGAAAGCUCUGUAUUAUUGUCACCAGUUAAUUUGUGUCUGUGUGUAAGUGUGUGUGUGUGUGUGUGUGUUCUGUGGGUGUUUUUCUGCAUUGUGGCUGAUUUUUAUAUUGCAUUUGACAAAUAAAAGAAAUUGCUUCUUUUUUUCAUUUCCUAUAGUCAGUCAGUUUUUGACCACAAACAGCAAAGGUUUAUUGUAUUUUUUUAUGACCACUUAGACUUAUCGAAUCAAGUCCAAUUUUUUUUUUUUUUUUUUUUUUUUCAGAUGGCAAGUGGGGGGAAAGUCAUAAAGUCUUGUACCUCUCAUAUAAACAAAACCAUUCUUAUUACAUCAGAAAAACUGAUUUUAAUCAACAAUUACCAAACAGAAUUGGAAGGUUAAAAAAUGGACAAAUUUCAGACUUUCUGAGGCUGUGUCCACACUAAUAUGUUUUCGUUUGAAAACGCAUUGAUUUCACCACGUUUACACCUCUCUUCCACACUAGAAUGGAAAACACUCUCCAUUACCACUUAGGCCUACUUUGGAAAACUAUGACAUUAGGAAACUGAAAACAGAUUAGUGUGGAUGUGGCUAGUAUUUGGUUUGUUCCAAAAUGCUAUCAUUUGUGAAUGUUCCAAGGAGCAUCUUCAUCUUCAAAGAGGAAAUUAAACUUUUGUACAAAGUAGUUAAUAUGGUCACUGUCACAAAUUUGCUUAAAUUUGAUUAUUUGACUUAGAAAUAGUGCCGAAUCUCAAAUAUGUCCUCUUAAUUUUAUGUCAUAACAUUUCUUUGUUUUAAAUUUUUCAAGAUCCUACAACAGUUUUAAAUUAGAUUUUGAAUCCUAGAUUUUCAGUGUGGUCUCAGACUUUGGGACCCCACUACAUUCUAAUUACAUGCUUGCUCCUUCAUUUCUUCAUCACAAUUUUAGAUUUUUUAUUUUUAUUUUUAUAUCUGUUUAAAUCUAUAUUCUUUUGGUGUAAUGAAACAUUACUUUGACUUAUUAUAUACAUUUAACAUAUAAUAGACUAGUUUACAUUUUAGUUUGAAUUGCUUUGUACAGUCUUAAAUUCCUUGCUAUGACAGAUCCCCUCAAACAUGAGGUUUUCAAUAUGUCCAUUUAGCACUUGGUUUUCUGCUGAAGCUCUUUGUGUCUAAUAAUAGAAAUGUAAUCAAAAAUCUGCUUCAAAGGAGAGCACCUGUGGAUACGUGUGCAGGAUUUGCACUGAUUACACUGAAAAGGCUCCACCUUUGGGGCUUCCAGACCAAUUUCUGCAGAAAUAAUUACUUAACCCAAUGCUGCUCCCCUGGUCACAUGCACUGGUGGACAUUAGUCUUUCAGUUAAUGAGGAACUGCUACAGCAAUGAUCAGUCAUUGCUCAAGGCCAAAGUCUUUCAGUUGGAACCACCAAGAGCUUUGUCAUGGCAGUUUGAAGCAGCUAAAUGAAGGUCACGGCUUGGAAAAUUCACUGAGCAAGAUGAAUAUACUAUCUUGGUCAACAUAUUUCUCCAUUUGUCCAUAUAUAUUGUAUCUAAACCAAACAAUUACAUUUCAUUGUUCAGAAAGUUUUGUAAUUUAUCUCUCUUCCACAAGCAUUGUCACUAUAUCUGUCCAAAAAAAGCAACUGCAUAAGCCAUAGUAAUUCAAUAUUUCAAGGAAUUGUCCUAUUAUACAUGCUAACUAUAUGUUUUCCAUAGUAUAUUAAAUAAAGUGCUCAUUCUCAGUCUCUUGAGAUUCACAUAAAUGACAUGCAGGACUCACUCUCAAAAAAUGCAACGUGUCCUUGAGAACCUCUGUCAAGGAUAUCUUACCAAAGAUCUUUGUCAUUACAUGUUCUGAGGAUGUUUACAAGCCCCAGUACAAGCUAAAGGCCCUAUGGCAACACUUAAGAAUUAAUGACCGUUAAAAAAAGGUCCUGAAUAUGUUCUCACACUAAUUAAACAGUCAAAAGCAGUUCCUUCCGGCUCAGGUAUAAUAUAACCCUUCGAAUCGACCCCUUGCUUUACUCAGACAUAUGUCAAUUCACUUAUGGUGGAGAUCAUCCACAGGCCAAUGAAAGAAUGAACCUCACAACCAACAGAAGCCAGUUCUCGGUCUCUUCGGGACUGAGCAAUGGAGACGACCGUAAAUUCAGUCUGGGGGGAUGUAGCAGUUAUGAUACUGACAGUGUGGCCUCACACAGCUCUGGGGUCUUUUCUGGAUAUGACACAUUGGAUACCCCACCAAGUUAUGACUUCUAUACUAACACAGAGGUUUUUGGGAGAGCAAAGAAAUCAAGACCUUCUCUCUUUCAGCUUCACUCCAACCCUCAGGAUGACCCAUCUCCACCUCCUCUGUAUGAAGAGACGAGUGUGGACAAACAGAGCCUAGAGGAAGAUGAAUCGGCAGAACCUCCUCCAGAACCAACGCGUUUUGGAUGGGCUCAGGGAGUCAUGAUCCGCUGUAUGCUGAAUAUCUGGGGAGUUAUUCUGUACUUGAGGCUUCCCUGGAUUACAGCUCAGGCAGGGAUUGGUCUGACUUGGAUUAUUAUAUUGGUGUCCUCCUCUAUAACGGGCAUCACUGGCCUGUCCACAUCAGCCAUUGCCACUAAUGGAAAAGUUAAAGGAGGUGGAACAUAUUUCCUGAUCUCUCGCAGCUUAGGCCCAGAACUCGGAGGUUCGAUUGGGCUUAUAUUUGCUUUUGCUAAUGCAGUGGCUGUGGCCAUGCACACUGUAGGCUUUGCUGAAACAGUGCAGGCUCUCAUGCAGGAGAGUGAGGUUUGCAUGGUAGACCGACUUAAUGAUAUUCGUAUCAUUGGAGUGAUCACUGUCACCUGCCUGUUGGCUAUCUCAAUGGCUGGAAUGGAAUGGGAGUCCAAGGCCCAGGUCUUGUUUUUCUUUGUCAUAAUGGUCUCCUUUGCCAGUUACAUUGUGGGUACCAUCAUACCAGCCACUACACAGAAGCAAGCCAGAGGUUUUUUCAGCUACAGAGCCGAUAUUUUUGCGGAUAACUUUGUGCCCGGCUGGCGUGGACCGGAGGGCAGUUUCUUUGGCAUGUUUUCCAUCUUCUUCCCCUCAGCUACAGGCAUCCUUGCGGGGGCUAAUAUCUCUGGAGACCUGAAGGACCCUAAUAUUGCUAUACCCCGUGGUACAAUGCUGGCUAUUUUUUGGACCACUAUGUCAUAUCUCAUUAUCUCAGCUACUAUUGGCUCCUGUGUACUUCGUGAUGCUUCUGGUAAUCUGAAUGACACCAUGCCGCCUCAGUAUGAGGACUGCUUGGGAGUGGGCUGCCACUAUGGCUGGAACUUCAGUGAGUGUAUGAACAACAGGACCUGCACUUUUGGACUCAUCAAUAAUUAUCAGACUAUGAGCUUGGUGUCAGCUUUUUCUCCUCUGAUCACUGCUGGCAUUUUUGGAGCCACUCUUUCAUCAGCCUUGGCUUGUCUGGUGUCCGCCCCUAAAGUGUUCCAGUGCCUUUGCAAGGACAACCUGUAUCCAGGCAUUGGGUUCUUCGGGAAGGGUUAUGGGAAGAAUGAUGAGCCACUGAGAAGCUACCUGCUAGCCUACAUCAUCGCUGUAUGCUUCAUUCUUAUUGCUGAGCUCAACACCAUUGCUCCCAUCAUCUCCAACUUCUUCCUCUGCUCCUAUGCCCUCAUCAACUUCAGUUGCUUCCAUGCCUCCAUCACUAACUCACCAGGUUGGCGUCCAACUUUUCGAUUCUACAGCAAGUGGCUGUCUUUGCUUGGAGCGGUAGUGUCUGUAAUCAUCAUGUUUCUCCUAACCUGGUGGGCUGCUCUCAUAGCCAUUGGCAUAAUCAUCUUCCUGCUGGGAUAUGUGCUGUAUAAGAAACCUGAUGUCAACUGGGGCUCUUCAAUGCAAGCCAGCUCGUACAACAUGGCGCUAUCUCAGUGUGUAGGUCUGAACCAAGUAGAAGACCAUAUUAAGAAUUAUAGACCACAGUGUCUUGUUCUCAGUGGACCGCCCUCUAUGCGUCCUUCCCUGGUGGAUUUUAUCAGCACCUUCACCAAGAACCAGAGCCUAAUGAUAUGUGCAAAUGUCCUUACAGGGGGACCCUCACCUGGUGAUGUGGACAGCAGUACUUAUAUAAGCUGGCUAAACAAGCGGCGUAUAAAGUCUUUCUACCACACUGUAGUGGCUGAUGACCUUCGCACUGGUGUACAGAUGUUGCUCCAGACUACGGGAUUGGGUCGGAUGAAGCCUAAUGUCCUAGUGAUGGGAUUUAAAAAGAACUGGCGUAAAGGUCAACCCAGCAACUUAGAAAACUAUAUUGGAAUUUUGCAUGAUGCAUUUGACCUUCAAUAUGGUGUUUGUAUCCUUCGGAUGAAGGAUGGUCUUGAUAUAAGUCGAACAAUGAAGGCACAUGUGAAUCUAGGGUUUGAGACAUCCACUGAACAGGUACUUGACACCAGGACCUCCACUUCUACUACCACACCCACAAUUGACACAUCAUUGGAUCCUGAGACACUGAUGGCCGUGUCCCAGCCUGCCACUGUGUUUCAGUCUAGACAGGGCAAGAAGACCAUCGAUGUGUAUUGGCUCUCUGAUGACGGAGGUCUGACUCUACUGGUGCCAUACCUCCUGACCCGUAAGAAGCGAUGGGCUAGAUGCAAAGUGAGGGUGUUUGUCGGAGGUGAAGUUCAGCAGAUUGAGGAACAGAAACAAGAGCUAAAAGCUCUGAUUGCCAGGUUUCGUCUGGGUUUCCAAGAUAUUCAAGUCCUUCCUGACAUCAAUGGAAAACCACAGUCUGAGCACAUAAAGAGAUUUGAAGAUCUCAUAGCUCCAUAUAGAGUAAGUGCAGUCCAAAAGAAUGAUCAAGAAGCCGAUGAGACAACAAAAGAAUGUCCCUGGAUGGUGUCUGAUGAGGAGGUGGAAAAGUUCAAAGCUAAGUCCCUUCGACAGAUCCGUCUGAAUGAAGUUAUUCAAGAUUACUCAAGAGAUGCUGCCUUAAUUGUUGUCACCAUGCCUGUUGGGCAAAGAGGGGCGUGCCCUAGUGCCCUCUACAUGGCUUGGUUAGAGAUUGUGUCCCGUGACCUUCGACCUCCCGUUCUUCUUGUCAGAGGAAAUCAGGAGAAUGUGCUGACGCAGUACUGCCAGUGAGCGCAACCUAUUCCUGACAAAACUGUUCACAUGCCUACAUCCAAUGGAAAGAAACAUGUCAAUGUUAAAUUGUUCAGAUCAACUUGUUAAUAUGUUAAAUUAUGACAGAUUUACUUGUUGUGUUUACUACUUGUCGUGUUGUUCAAAGGGUGUUUGUUCUCUUUGGUUUAACUUUAAUUCAAAAUGUUAAAUGCGUGUAUUAGUGUUUUUCUCCUGAAAAAAGCAAAAGACUAGUGAAUUUCCAUAAAUCAAGUUUAGUUAGAAGCCUAAUAAUGACGUUACAAGCCUCUCUGUUGAUUCUGAUGAUAAUAAUUCAACAACUGAACAAUUAGCGUAUGUAUAGACUUGUUCGCUUUUUAAUGACAAAUGUUACUUAAUAUAUAUUUAACCCUUAUAUUGUGUUUCAGUCAAAACUGACCAGUUAAUUUUUUUCUUCUGAAAACUGUUUAUUUCAUCCAGUUUUAUCAACAUUGUUUUUUGUUGUUGUUUUUUUUUAGAUCAUUUUCAUAAAAUGUUAUUGGUUUAAAAUCUACUUAUCACAUCAUGUUGUGUUUGAGCUUGUUUGAAUUGGGAUAGUCUGCUGUAAGUUACAAAUUGGCAUUGUCUAUAUUAUAUGUAUGUUUCAGUAAGUAAUAAGGAAAAUGUGACAAAAAGACACUCCUGUUUAUUAUAUUUAUGUGUGUCAGUGGGAAUUUUAUACACUAAUAAUCACUGCAGUUUGGCCUCUGAAUGAAACAGUUUGGCUGCUCAUUGCAUUUUACUAAUCGAGACCUUUCCAACGAUGUAUAAAACAUGGCUAUCUAAUCUUUUUUUAUGUUUUUAUCAACUCUGAAUAUAAUUGUUGUGAUAUCAAAUUUGCAAACGAUGUAUAUAAUUGUCAGCAAAUUAAAAAGCAUAAAAAGCAA